UAUAACCAAUACAUCAAUUUAUGAUAAUAAAUUUGUUUAUUUUAUUAUCAUAAAUUGAUACAAAACCGAUAGACCUGAUUCAAAAACCGAUAUUUUCGAUGGCAAACAUAGUCUCUGAUUCAUGAUUAACCUUAAUAUAAUUUCUCUAUCGGCUACUGGCAAGUGGCCACACAGUCUAGUGCUCGCUAGUUGCUUGUAUAUUCAUUAUUCGUAAAAUUACUCAAUUUUCAUAUUUAAUAAAAUGUAAAAUAUGUUGUUGUAGAUAAAUUUAUUUACCUAGCAGGUAUAAAAGGCAUCAGUAUAAUCAACGUAAUUCGUAACUUUAUUUUUUAUAUUUAAAACAUAACCUAUUGUAGGCAUUGGAUGAUUACAAUCUAGUAGUUCCAUGUUUCUGUUCCAAGAGUUUGAAAGUUGUUAUGUCUUCAGACGAAAGUUUUUUGUGGACUAGUGCUUCAAAUAGUAAUAGUGAUAGUGAUGAUAGCAAUCUAAGAAGUUCUCUGAAAUGCAAGAAGACUUUGUUAAAAAUGAAGUAGAUGAGAAAUAUAAAAAAAUUAAGAAUAAAGUGGUAAAUGGAAAUUUUAUAAAAGAUGAACAUACUAGUGAAGUAGACUUGAAAAUUGUUAAAAAUGAAUACAGUAAAGGUAGUAUUGGUAACGAGGUACUAUUUAAUGACAGCUAUUUAAACUUGAGAGUAAAAGAAGAACAGUCAUCAUGUUUUGAUGACUCCGAUAUACCAGUAAAAAAGAAAAAGAAAAAUAAAAAGAGAAAACAUUCACUUCUAGAACUAAACAACGAUGACAGAUUGCUAGAUGUAAGUAAUAAUGAGGAUAUAAUUACAACUGAAGAGACAGUUAAUACUAGAUCAUGCACAAAUAGAGAUGAUCCAAUUACAGCAACAGAAGAUAGUAAUUAUGUUAAACAUAAAAAAAAGAAAAAGAAGCGUCGAUCUUCUGGUGAGGACUGUAACAACAGUAAUAUAUCUGAAAUUACUUAUAAUAAUUUUAGUGACCCAAAAUGCAUAGAUGAAAAUAAUUCUAUCAGUGAAAAUCAUUUUGAAAGUAAUGGAGGUAAUGUUGAUAAAUUGGAGUCCAGUGUAAGGAAUCUAUCAAAGGUUUCCGACCGAAUACAGUUUGAAGAGGAUUUAGAUUUUAAUAAAAGUGUGGUGGAGGCCAAUUUUAAUCAAAAACAAAUAAGACGAUAUUUAAAGAAUCAUACCAAUCUACUGCCAAUUUCUCCCAAAACUAAGCUGGAUUCCACUAUUACAGACACGGAUGAUGUUUGGCUGGUUAAAUGUCCUCAAGAUGUUGACAUUAUGCAUCUUAAAGAUAUAACCUUAGGCUUAAGUAACAAAACAAAGUUAAAACUGGGUGGAAAGGUUUAUGAGUAUAUGGUAGACCAGAAUAACCUUAGGUUACCCAUAUUGACAUUUCAUAAUCAAAGCAAGCCUGUUAUUAAAAAUUUAAUAACAAAUGGAUGUAUUUAUUUAAAGAAUAAAGUACCGAAAGUACAUAUACCCAACAAUGAAGUCAUGGUUAAUGAUCAAACAAAUUUUAUAGUGUUACCGGACACCAAGUGUCGUCAUCCACUCUUUGGAAUACAUUAUAAAAAAUGUAUUAAAGUCCCAGUGGAGAUUGCCAAACGCUUACAUACAGAUCAAGAACAAAAUUCCCUUCCUGUUCAAGAUAAUAUUAAAGAAAAGAAAAAGAAACAAAAAAUAUAUAAAAGGUCCUUAAUAAGUGAUGAAUUUCAGGAACCAAUAAAACUGGAACAGGAGGUUUCUAAGAAAAAAAAGAAGCGAAAGCUCAGUUCUGGUACUAACAGUCCCGUUAAAAGUAAGAGAGUGAAGUAUGAUCCAGAUUCUACUCAGACUUGGGAUUCAGAGAAAGCCAUCGAAGAAAAUCUUUUUAACUUUUGAUCAAUAACGGAUACUUUUGUAUGUGUGUAGUAAUUUGACAAAUAAAGUCCCAUUUUAUUGUU